UCCGUCUGUACACACGCCGGGGUUCAUCAUGGCGGCGGGACCGAUUUCAGAACGAAAUCAAGAUGCCACUGUAUAUGUGGGUGGUCUCGAUGAGAAGGUCUCUGAGCCUCUUUUGUGGGAGCUUUUCCUUCAAGCUGGUCCUGUUGUAAACACACACAUGCCCAAAGACAGAGUAACAGGACAACACCAGGGUUAUGGCUUUGUGGAGUUUCUCAGCGAAGAAGAUGCGGACUACGCCAUAAAAAUAAUGAAUAUGAUCAAACUUUACGGCAAGCCCAUACGAGUCAACAAAGCUUCAGCGCACAACAAGAACCUCGACGUUGGUGCCAACAUCUUCAUUGGCAACUUGGACCCUGAGAUCGACGAGAAAUUACUUUAUGACACAUUCAGCGCUUUCGGUGUGAUCCUUCAGACCCCCAAGAUCAUGCGAGACCCCGAUACGGGCAACUCGAAGGGUUACGCCUUCAUCAACUUUGCCAGUUUUGAUGCGUCAGAUGCGGCUAUCGAGGCUAUGAAUGGCCAGUAUCUGUGUAAUCGGCCCAUCACUGUUUCAUACGCGUUUAAGAAAGACUCAAAGGGUGAAAGACAUGGGUCAGCAGCCGAGCGUCUCCUUGCCGCACAGAAUCCACUGUCCCAGGCCGAUCGCCCACAUCAGCUUUUCGCAGAUGCUCCACCUCCUCCAAGCAUGCCCACGCCUGUCAUGACUGCCCUCGGAGCAGCCAUGCCUAUUCCAGGAAUGCCUCCUCCCGGUGCUUUCCCACCUGUUCCUCCUCCUGGCACAAUGCCACCUGGGAUGCCUCCCGGUAUGCCCAUGCCUCCAGCACCAGGUACUCCUGCGCCACAGGGCGGUGGAGGACCCCCACCGGGACACCCGCCCUUCCCUCCUGCUGGAAUGCAUCCGCCAGGAAUGCCGCAUAUGCCGAUGCCUCCAACGGGACCUCCAGGAAUGGUGCCUCCCCCACCUGGCCCACCAGGAUCUAACCAACCAAGAGCACCGCCUCCACCACAAAUGCCUCCUCCACCCAUGGGUGUCCCUCCCAGAGGACCCUUUGGACCCCCAAUGGGUCCACCAAUGCAUCCGGGUAUGAGGGGUCCUCCUCCACCAAUGCCGCCUCCAGGUUAUGGUGCGGGACCACCCAGACCCCCACCCUUUGGUUUUCAGAGAGGGCCUCCCAUGCCGCCUCGUCCUCCUGCACCCAGAGGUCCGAUGAGAGCACCGGCACCUUCCUAAACCCCCAUGUGAAGACCAAACUUUGUCUCGUUUUUAUUUUACAGUCUGCGCUCUAUUAGAUGGAUCUCUUGCUUCUUUGUACACAGAUUUCUUAAUUUUGGUCAAUGUACCUUUUCGGAAUUAGCAAGAAUAAACAGUUUUAUAUAA